AUGGGUCGGAAACGGCCAUCGAAGGCCGGAUCUGGCUCGUCUCAAGGAUCCGACUCCACAUCCGGCGAUGCUGCCGCAUCAGGCGGAAGUUCGCGUGGUGCUAUGGUGGUCUCUGGUAGCUCUAGCAGCAGGCGAGGCGCAGGCGACAGAGGGGUUUCAUCACAACAGGAAGAAGGAUCCAAGGGAACGGGUCCUGGUUACCUUGAACCCUCAGAUCCGCGAUUCGCGGAAGUGAAAUCGGAAUGCGAAAAGGCAGUGAAGGCGCUUCGGCGUGGCAACGCUCCGAAAGCGGUGAAGCUUAUAAAGGAAGCCACAGGAAAAUUCUCGUCCGUUCCGCUCUGCCACCGCGUGAACGGACACAUCCACCUGAAACUCGCGAACAUGAUCGAGGAUGCUUCCACGAAGCAGCGGCAUCUACGCACCGCGUUAGAAUCCGCGCUUAAAGCCACGGAACUCUCCCCGAACUCCGUCGAAUACUCCCACUUCUACGCGCAGCUUCUCUUCGAAGCGGCCGACGGGCGUGACUAUAGCGAGGUGCUGCGCGAGUGCGAGCGCGGGCUGGGGAUCGAAUCGCCGGUGGAUCCGGCGAAAGAGAGUCUGCAGGAGGAGAGUCAGCAGGAGCUGGCGACGCCGGCGGAGCGCGUGACGCACGUGCAGAACGAGCUGCGCGGGCUGCAGCAGAAGGCCAACAUCGCGUCGUUCUCCACCAUCUGGCGCAGCUUCGGCAACGGCGCGGACGAGCGGUUCAAAUUUUUGCAGGUGAAGAAGAUCGCAGACGACCCCAUCGAGCUGCGCAAUCAACUCCCCCCUUCCCGCCUUCAAGCCGUCGCCCUCCCCCUCCCCCCCCCCCCUUUGCUCCUUCAAAAGCAGGUGAAGAAGAUCUCAGAGGACCUUAUUGAGCCGCCCUCGUAUUUCCUCCUUCCCCGUUUCAAGCCCUCGGGCCUCCCCUCUUUGCCCAUCCCCACCCUCCCCUCCCUCUCCGCUCAAAAGCAGGUGAAGAAGAUCUCAGACGACCCCAUCGAGCCGCGCUCGUCUUUUCCCCUCCCUCCUUCCGUCUUCCUCAGACGUUCCUCGUCCCGCCUCCCCCACCCCCCCUGCCCCUCUUCCCCGGCCCUCGCUCAAAAGCAGGUGAAGAAGAUCUCAGACGACCCCAUUGAGCCGCGCUCGUCGCUGCCGCCGCGGCGCAUCCACGAGGUGAAGCGCGUGGUGCGCACGCUCGAGGAGCGCCGCCAGGAGAUCGAGGUGCGCGUCACGGCCGCACGCCUGCUGCAGCAACAGCAGCAGCAGCAGCAGCUGCAGCAGCAGGGGCAGGGGCAAGGCGCAGCAGCAGACGCAGGCGGAAUUUCCGGUUCCGCGCCCGCCUCGGAUGCUGCUCCUGGUUCCGCGUCCGCCCGCGGGGAGCGGAAAGCGGACGCGGAGGAGGACGGCGCAGGGGGGAAGGAUGGGGCGGGGGGGAAGAGGCGGGGGGGCCUGGACGGGGCGAAGAGGCGGAGGGAGGUGCUGGCGGGGAGGCGCGGGGCCAGGGCGCAAUCCGCAAUAGAGGAGAAGGUGGAGAAGGUUAGACCGUUCUGGAAGGCGCUGGGGCAGGAGGAGAAGGAUAAGAUUCUGGAUAUUCCCAUUGCUGACGUGUGCGAUGGCCUUGCCAAGUCAGCACGCGGCGGGAAGGGGGCGGGGGUGGGGAGCGCGGGCGGAGGGGGAGGCACAGGAGGGGGAGGUGGAGGGGGAGGGGAAGGGGGAGGCGGAGGCGGAGGAGGAAGAGGGGGAGGGCAUGUAUCUGCGAUCAGCUGCGGUGGUGGUACCGUUGGCUUGGGGGGGGAAUCUGCGGCGUCAGCUGCGGCAGCAGCAGCUGCAGCAGAGGAGCUUAUGUCAGAAGCGCUGAGUUUUGCCAAGGAGAGAAAACACUGGCAGUUCUGGGCGUGCUGUCUGUGCGACGAGAGGUUUAUAGAUGCGGAGUCGUUUCAGGCGCACAUGCAGGAGGAGCACAUAGGAAAGCUGAGCGCGGAGCAGGAGAGAAUGAUUCCCGAGGAGGAGGCGCUUUCUUGGGAGGAGAUUUUUACGAGGUUGGAUGUUACGCCUGUGGAUGGGAUUGAGGCGGUGAGGAGGCUUGUAGAGGGGAUGAGUGGGGCGGGUGGUGGGGUGGGUGGGGAGGGGGGUGGGAAGGGUGUGGAGGAGAGAGAGGGGAAGAGGAAGGGGAGUGAGGAGGGUGGUGAUGGCGAGAAGGAGGAAGAGGAGAAGGAGGGGAAGGAGGAGAAAGAGGAAGAGAAGGAUGAAGCGUGUGCGAUGGAGCUGGAUGGGGAGGGAACAGAGGAGGGAGAAGCGGAGGGAGCAAAGGAAGGAGCAGAGAAGGGAGCGGAGGAGGGAGCCAAGAAUGGAACGGAGGAGGGAGGUGAGAAGGGAGAAGGGGAGGGAGCAGAGGAGGGAGAUGUGGAUAUCGAGAAGGGAGUGGCCGCUGCUCUAGGCGAGACCAAAGGCGGGAGUGAGAAGGGGAAGAAGGGGGGCAGUUUGGGGGAUUCGGGAUUCGGAAAGGAUUCAGGUGAGGAGGAGAGAGAGAUGGAGGGUGAGGAGGAAAGUAAGGAGGUGAAAGUGGGUAGUGGCAGGGAUGGGAAAGAGGGGGGUGCGGGAGAGGAUGAGGAGGACGAAGAAGAAGAUGAGGAGGAGGACGAGGAGGAGGAGGAGGAAGAAGAGGUAGGUGAAAGCAAGUUGGGAACAGAGGAAGGUGGUGGUGUAGGGGAGAAGGGCUGUGUCACUGAAAAGGAAGCAGCAGCUGCGGCGGCAGCGGCGGCGGCUGCGGCAGAGGCAGCGGCAGCAGCAGCGGCAGCAGCGGCAGAGGGUUGCAGGCAUUGUGGGGAGUCGCUGCAGUGCCGGCGGCAUGCGAGAGCUCUGCCAGUAGUGCAGGACAGGGAGAGGCAGCGGGAGCUGAUGCGGCUUAAGCAUAUAGUGGAGCGCAUGCUUAAAGCGGGGAUACUGACGCGCGACCACAUGGCACGUAUGGUGCAGUAUACCAUGGUUCAGGUGCAAGCCAUGGCGGAGAGAGCUUUAGAGGCGCCUGCCGUGCCUCAAAAGUCGUUGCAGGUGCAAGGCAUGGCAGAGAGAGUGCAGAAGGGUUUGGAUGAGAGCGGGGGGAGUAGUGCAGGUGAAAUGGAAGAGAAGAGUGGGGAGGAGAAGGGUGGGGAGGAGAAGGGAAAGAAGGGUGGAGAAGAGAAGGGAGGGAAGGGUGGAGAGGAGAAAGGAGAGAAGGGUGGAGAGGAGGCGGGUGCAGCUGUUGCGGCUGUUUGGAUUGAUUCACUUAAGACGUUAGAUAAGGACACGCUGUUCAAGGAACGGAAGGAAGAGGACGCAUCCAAGGAAUGUUCCUUAGGUACGACUGAGGAGGAAGAGGGGAGGUCUAAGCCGUCUCUCGCUCGCGCCCCGGUCACUUUCACCCCGUCGCCAGUCUUUGUUCGUUUCCUGCCAGCGCGCGAUAUACAGGAGCUGCAGGCGUACCUGCUAGAAGCGGAACAGGGGGCGUACUAUAACGAGAACAAGGAGGCAGUGCUGCCUGACAGGCUCCUGUUAGACGAGGAGUUCACGAGGAUCAUUCUGGACGAGCGUGUGUUGAAGGAUGUGGCUGAGGAGCCUAAGCUGCCGUUUAGGGAUGCUGUGGGGGGGAGGGUGGAGGCAGGAGGGGGGGAUGGAGGGAAGGAGGAGGCGGGAGAGGGAGGAGGGAGAGAGGAGGCAGGAGACGGAGGAGGAAAAAGGGGUGCUGCUGACGGUGGUGAUGCUGGGGAUGCUGAUGGUGGUGGUAGGGGUAAACAGGGGGGAGAGCAGGAGGGGAAGGAAGCUGGGAAGGAGGUAAAGGGAGAGGGGCGGAAGGAGGCGAAGGGAGAAGGGCAGGAGGAGGAGGGUCAGAAGGAGGGGAAGCAGAAAGAGGGUAAGGGAGAGAAGGGCCAGAAAGACGGGAAAGAGGAGGGGGGGCAGAAGGACGGUAAGGGAGAGGUGGGUGAAGAGGCGAAAGCAGCAUCGAAUGGCGAGGAGAAUGGGGAGAAAGAGAAGGAGGAGGAGAAAGGGGAGAAGGGGGAGAAGGAGGAGAAGGGGGAGAAGGAGAAGGGGGAGAAAGGGGAGAAGGAGAAGGCGGAGAAGGGUGAGAAAGAGGAGAAGGAGGAAGGGGGGGAGGAAGAAGAGGAGUUAACAGUCGCAGUGCCUGAGGACCCGAGCAUGAAAUGGCCUCUGCCCCUCAUGCGCGUGCGGAGAGGCGAAGGGGCAGCGGGAGGAGCAGGGGGGCCGGUGAGUGGGGGAUCACAAACAGCAUCAGGAGGGGGCGGAGGGGCGGGACCCAGUGCUGGUACCCCUGCUUCUGGUGCCGGUGCUGGCGCUGGGGGUGGGGGUGGUGGUGCUUCUACUGCUGCUGCUGCUGCUGCUGGUGCUGGUGGUGCGACUGGUGGUGCUGCUGACGUGCCCAAGCAUGACGAUUUGCAGCUCGCUUGGAUCUUCGGGCGAAUGGAUUAUGAGAUGGCAGCGUCAGCGUGGCGGUGUGCUUAUAAAGAGGGCCUGGAGAAGGCGAGGGAGGUGAUGGAGGGGCUAGACACGGAGUACAACUCGUUAAAGGCACAAUGCGAUAGAAGGAUAGAGCUGGGGAUUGCGGAGCGGAAGCUGAAGAAGAUGGAGAGGUUGUUUGAGAAGGAGAGGAGGCGGAGGGAGAGGGACCCAGGGCUUGUUCUGAGAGAAAAAAAAGAAGACGCUGCCUUCAGGUCUUUCCUACUUACUUCUUUCCCCUCACUCCCCCCCACCCCCUCCUCUACCCCCCCCGCUUCCUCCCCUUCCCUCCCCCAGCUCCCUCAGCCUCGCAUGCCGUGCGGCGACCUGCUCUCCCUCGCACCCUCCCACCUAGUUUUGAGGCGCCUCAAAACUAGAUUCCGCAGCCUCGCAUGCCGUGUGGCGAUCUGCUCUCCCUCGCGCCCUCCCACCUGGGUGGCACGUCCUCUCACUUCCCUCCUCCUGUCCCCCUUUCCCCCCAAACCCCACCCACCCUCCCUUUAUGGCCUCUCUCUUCCCCCGCCUCGCCCCCCCCCCUCGCAGCCUCGCAUGCCGUGUGGCGAUGUGCUCUCUCUCUCUCGCGCCCCUCGCAUGCCGUGUGGCGAUCUGCUCUCCCUCACGCCCUCCCACCUGGGCGGCACUGACUCAGAUGAGGACGAGCACGACAGCUGGCGCGGGCCGGAGUUCGCCGCCCAGCUGGACCUGCGCAUGGAGGGCGCGAUUCGGAGCCACAGGAGCAGCAUUCUGGCCGAGAAGGAGCAAGCAGAGGAGAGGACCCUGUGCCAUCUGGAGGCAGUUCAGAAGGCCAACGCCAAGCUCCACCAGGCGUCGGUCUUUGACUACCGCGCCGCCAUGCUGCCCAUCGUCAAGUCCUUCCUGCAGAACCGCCUCGAGCAAGCAGCGGAGCAGGAUGCACAAAAACGUUCCGAUGCUGCCCAAGAGGCGUUCCUUGCUGAGCUGGACAAGCAGGGGCAGGUGGAAAAGAACCGGGAGAAAAAGAAGGGCAAAGAGCGUGCCAAGAGUGGGAAGGGUGGUGGUGGGGGAGGAGGCGCAGGGGGAGGAGUAACAGGAGGAGGAGGAGGGGAGAGUACUGGUAGGGUGGCAGGAGCAGAGGGAGGAGGAGAGGGCGAAGGAAGAGAGAUAGGGAGCAGUAGUCAGCUAAGGGACAGUGACAUGGAAGGAGUGAAUGAGGGCGAGGAGGAAGGGGAGGGGGGCAGAGAAGGACAAGUGGAGAAGAGGCAGGCAGUGGGAGAGAGAGACGGAGAAAAAGGAGAGAGAGAGAAGAGAGAGAAGAGGGAGAGGGAGAGGGUAAGAGAGAGGGAGAGGGUGCCACAGAGUGCGGCAGAGAGGGAGGAGGAGGCUCAGAGGCGGAGGGAGCAGCAGGAGAUUCUGAGGCAGCAGCAGGAGAUGGAGGACGAGGAGAGGAAGCUGGAAUGGGCUUUGUCUCUCCUGAGGCAAGCAGAGGAGGCGGCGAAACGGCAGAGAAUGGCCGAAUUGGAGCGGCUCAGGCUGAUGGGUGGUGGUGGGGAGGCUAAGUCAGGGGGAGGUGGGAGUGGUGGGGUGCAAGAGGUGAGGGUAAGGAUGGGGGAGGUGGAAGGGGGGAUGGUGAGAGGGAGGCAAGGGGAAUGGGAGGAUGGGAGUUGUGAGGGGUCGAGUUGGGAGAGGGCUAAUGGAGGUUCUGGGUUCGGGGUUUUGCAAGAGACGGCGGUGGUGCAAGGGGCGGAAGGGUUUGCUGCAGGUGCCGGUGCUGUGGGUGCGGCUGGUGGUGGUGGUGGUGCUGCUGCUGCUGCAGGGGCCAUAGGGGCAACAGGAUGGGGGGAACCGGGCCCCAGGGAGCUUUCGAGUGGCAUAGUGCGCACUAUAGCGAGUUCGAGCCAACGUUUGGGGCACAAGGGCCGCGGGAGAGACGUUGCUGUGCCUCCAUCCCUGCAGCAGCAGAAAGUGGCGAAUCAGCAAGGCGAGUUGCAGAGGUUCAGGGCAGGGCAGAGUCACACUCAGGGUGCUGCUGCUGCCCCUCCUCCUGCGAAUGCUGGGCUGCUGGGAGCGCCUCUCGCGCAGAGAGCUGGUUCAGGUGAAAAUUCAGGUGCUGCUGCAGGCAGCGGUGGUGCUGUGUCUGAUGGAGGGAGUGCUGCUGGGUCUGGCGAAGGGGGGGGGGUAGGCGGUGGCAAGAAUAGGUCGAGGCGAAAGAGGGGCGGCAAGGGCAAGGCAGGCGGAAUGGGUGGGCAGAUGGAGGGGGGAUUCCAGGGGGGAGGUGGUUUGCAGGCGGGAGGGGGUUCACAGGGGGUGGUUCACCCUCCAGGGUUUAGUGGGUGGGGAGGGAAGGGGUAUGCCGGGGGGUGGGGUGAUGGGUCACAGGGGGAGGAGAGACAGGGUCGGGCUGGGGCUUGGCCGGGGCAGAUGGGCGGAGGUAUGGGGCCAGGUAUGGGAGGAGGUAUGGGUGGUGGAGGGAUGGGUGGAAGCAUGGGAGGAAGCAUGGGAGGAGGCAUGGGUGGAGGUAUGGGUGGAGGUAUGGGAGGAGGUAUGGGAGGGGGAAUGGGAGGAGGGGAGAGGGUUGAGGAGGCAGCAGCAGCAGCAGCAGCAGCAGCAGCAGCAGCAGCAGCAGCAGCAGCAGGGGCAGCAGGGGCAGCAGGGGCAGCAGGGGCAGCAGGGGCAGCAGGGGCAGCAGGGGCAGCAGGGGCAGCAGGGGCAGCAGGGGCAGCAGGGGCAGCAGCAGCAGCAGCAGCAGCAGCAGCAGCAGCAGCAGCAGCAGCAGCAGCAGCAGCAGCAGCAGCAGCAGCAGCAGCAGCAGCAGCAGCAGCAGCAGCAGCAGCAGCAGCAGCAGCAGCAGCAGCAGCAGCAGCAGCAGCAGCAGCAGCAGCAGCAGCAGCAGCAGCAGCAGCAGCAGCAGCAGCAGCAGCAGCAGCAGCAGCAGCAGCAGCAGCAGCAGCAGCAGCAGCAGCAGCAGCAGCAGCAGCAGCAGCAGCAGCAGCAGCAGCAGCAGCAGCAGCAGCAGCAGCAGCAGCAGCAGCAGCAGCAGCAGCAGCAGCAGCAGCAGCAGCAGCAGCAGCAGGAGGGGGGGCAGACCAUCGCUGCAACCUCCCUGUCCGCUCGGCAGGAGCUUCGGUCGCCGGGCCUGCUGGUUUGGCGAGUCUGGUUCCAGGGCCGGUUGGGUACAUGGGGACGCAGGGAGGUGCCGGUGCUGCUGCUGCUGCUGCCACUGGUGGUGGUGCUGGCGACGGUGCUACUCCUUCCCAUGCUCAAUAUCCCCAUGCAGCCACUCUCUAUGCCCCUCCAGGCUUGCAUCCCUCCUUCCAAGGAGCACCAGUUGCAGGGGCAGUAGCAUCAACAGCAGGCGCAGCAGCAGGGCAGAUGGAACGUGCAGCAGCGGCGGCAGCGGGGGUGGGGGGAGAUCCGGCAGUGGUUAUGGCGUACCCUGCUGGGACUGCUCCUGGUGGGCUGGGUGCGUUGGGCAGGCAGGCAGGCGCAGCAGUGGCGGGGCAAGGAGGAGAAAGAGGGGAACGAGGGCAAGUAGGGCAAGCAGGGCAAGGAGGGGCGGUGGAGAUUGAGGAGGGGGGGGAGGAGUGGGAGGAGGAGGGUGGGAGGGAGCGGGUAGAGGGUAGUGAAAGGUUGAUGGGGGAAGGAAUGGAGGUUGGAAGAGACGGAGGAGAGAUGGGAGGAGAGGUGGGAGGGGAGAUGGGAGGGGAGGAGGGAGGAGCGGAGGGAGGAGCGGAGGGAGGAGCGGAGGGAGGAAUGGUGGGAACAGAGGUUGAAGGGAGGAGCGCCGCUGUGGAUAACGAGGAGGAGGAUGAGCAGUUUCAAGCGGACCUGCAACGAGCCAUGCAACAGAGCAUAGAGGAUCUGGAGCGUUCGUCUCACUCCCACUACUACCACUCGGCCGCCCGGCCGCCCCCCGAGCACCAAUCAGAAGCAGCCCUAAACCCCGCCAGCUCAGGAAGAAGCUCCGACAGCCUGGCAGCAGCGCCUGCCACGUCAGCAGACUGGGAUGCCAGCGUGGCGCUGACGCUACGAGAGGAGAGUGGGGAGUCGAGAGAGGGAGGAGGGGGAGGGGAGGGGGGAAUGGAGGUGGAAGUGAGGGGGGGCGGAGGGGGAGGAGGGGCGGUGGAGAUGGUGUGGGGUGGUGCAGCAGGGGAGGAGGGGCUGGUGGGGCUGAGGAAUGAGAUCGGCGAGUACAACUGCUUCCUCAAUGUCAUCAUUCAGUCCCUGUGGCACUUGCGCAGGUUCAGGGAGAGGCUGCUGCACCCAUCCUGUCAACAACACUCCCAUCAGGGCGAUCCCU